AUGGAUGUUCACACAGACUCGCGCACGUCGCAGUCGGACUCGCUCACGUCCAAGCCCGCGCCUUCCUCCGAGAACGCGGCCACUUCAGACAGCUCCAGGGAUGCCGAGAAAGUGGAAGUGAAACUCCCCCCAUCAGUGGUCCAAGUGUUGGAAGACUUGGAGGCGGUGGUGAACCGGAAUUUCGUGGAGACGCCCAACCUCGCCGCCAAGGAACUCGAGGCCAAGACUGAUCAGUAUCUCAUCAGGUUAGAACGCGUGUUGUCCAAGAACGGAGUCGAUCCCGCGUCCACCAAAGCGGCUUGGACGCGCGCGGCGCGGUGUCUGGGCUCCACUCGAUCGAAACUCCACCAGCGAGUCAAGUCGCGGCCGGAGAACCACGUCACGACUGAACCGCCACCGCCAGCGCCCGCCGCCGCCCAGUCAGCUGCCAGCAAGCGUAAGGCUGACGAUGACGAUGAUGAGGACUUCAGCCGCCUCACCGCCGCCGAGAGGGAAGCCAAGAUUGUGGAGACACUGCAAAGGUUAAAAUUGUUAAUAGAAGAACGCAAACCAGACAUGAUUUCAAAUUACAACGCCGAAUGUGCACGGGUCCAGGAAGAGAAGAAGAAACUCCAAGUGGCUUCAGCGGUAGAGGGCGCGCCCGUCGUAGAAAAGCGUCUGCCCAAGCGCAGGUUUCCGUGGUGCCCGCGGUCGCGCGCGCUCCUGGUCCGGCUGAAGCGGCUGGCCGGCUCACACGAGGCGGCCGCUACGCUGCUGGCCAAGCGGGCGCUGCCGCUGUUCCCCAACGGAUUCGUGCGGAUGCCCACGCUCCUACGACAGGCCGAGUGAGUCCCACGCCCACUC